CUGCUGCUUCUGUUUGUCAGGUUCAGUGGUCCUCUGGACCAGUCAGAUGCCAAUCUAGGAAGGGUUUGGCUUCUUGUUUUUGUGCAUAGACCAUGAAAAAAAUAUGGUUUUGCACAAGUACUGAUUGGUGUGGUACUGCUUGAUAAGAGGCUGUGGGUGCCAAAUCAUGCAAUGCUGAAACACUGAUGGGGAUCAUGGUGCGAACUCAGCAUGCAACCCUUGACAAACUUGGGCAGAUGCAACCUGCCUCCUGGGGGCAUCCAUACUAGAAGCCUGUGCAUCCCUCUUGCUGGGGUGGGAUUCUGGUUCCUGGCACAAAUUGUUCCUUCCGAAUAAGUGUGUGCUAUUUUAAGCUCUCCGCAAUGCAGCUGGGAUUUUGAAAAGAGAGAGAGAGAGGCUUUUUGAUGGAAACCGGCUUAUUAAAUACCUACUGUCAUACCGUUAUAACAGAGAACAGAGACAACUUAAUUAUAGUGAUUAUACAAUGAUACAUCUUGUUUGGUGGGAGAGGAUGCCAGCAGCCUGCCUCUACCUUCUCUCUCCUCCACCUGUCUUUUGUAUAGUAGUAAAAUUAUGGGGGUGGAAGGAGAAGACUUGCACAACUGAGUGCGCAAUUACAUGACAUCAAGACUGACAGUGUCCCUAGGCCUUUGCUUCAAGGCUGUUAUAAAAUCAGAGCACGAAGGAACUUGAAAGGUCAUCAGUCUGCACCAAUCAGCUGUUGCAGUCAGGGCUGCAGGAUACUGGCAUUGGAGAGGAUAUCCUGCACAGUGCUGCAUUUGACAAACAAUUUCCUCCAGGUUGUGUCUUUAUUUAAAAUAUUAGCAUACCCUCCCAACAUUUCUCCAAUGAAAAUAGGGACGUCCUAUGCAACUGUUGUUGUUGUUGUUGUUGUUCUUGUUCUUGUUCUUGUUCUUGUUCUUGUUCUUGUUGUUCUUGUUAUCCCACUCAUCUAACUGGGUUGCCCCAGCCACUCUGGGCGGAUUCCAACAUAUACAAAAACAUUAAAAAUUAAAAAAGCCUUCCAUAUACAAGGCUGUCUUCAGAAGUCUUCUAAAGGUUUUAUAGCUACUUACCUCCUUGGCUUGGGAGUCGCAUAACACCAUACCCGCCAACAUCUCUCUGAGGAAAAUAGGGACGUCCUAAGGAAAAGGUGCUUUUGAAAUAUGGUGCUGAAGGAGACUCUUGAGAGUCCCAUGGACUGCAAGAAGAUCAAACCUAUCCAUCCUGAAGGAAAUCAGCCCUGAGUGCUCACUGGAAGGACAGAUCGUGAAGCUGAGGCUCCAGUACUUUGGCCACCUCUUAAGAAGAGAAGACUCCCUGGAAAAGACCCUGAUGUUGGGAAAGAUGGAGGGCACAAGGAGAAGAGGACGACAGAGGAUGACAUGGUUGGACAGUGUUCUCAAAGCCACCAACAUGAGUCUGACCAAACUGCGGGAGGCAGUGGAAGACAAGAGUGCCGGGCAUGCUCUGGUCCAUGGAAGAGUCGGACACGACUUAACGACUAAACAACAAAAACAAAAGGGAAAGUGGGACAUUCUGGGAUCAAAUCAGGAACUGGAAUGGCUUCUGUAAAUCCGGGGCUGUCCCUGGAAAAUAAGGACACUUAGAGAUCCGCAAGACACGCUUGAAGGGUGUAGUUUUGAAGAGGCCUUUCGUAAUUCCUGAGGAAGCGUGUUCCACAACUGCUGGGCUGACCAGUGAGAAGGCCCUAUCCUUACUCAAGGGCCAUGGGAAGGCAAAACAGCUAGCUCGCCCUGUUAAAGGUAAACGUACCCCUGAUCAUUAGGUCCAGUUGCGGACGACUCUGGGGUUGCGGCGCUCAUCUCGCUUUACCAGCUGAGGGAGCCGGCGUUUGUCUGCAGACAGCUUCCAGGUCAUGUGGCCAGCAUUACUAAGCCGCUUCUGGUGAACCAGAGCAGCACACAGAAACGCCAUGUACCUUCCCGCCAGAGCGGUACCUAUUUAUCUACUUGCACUUGACGUGCUUUCGAAUUGCUAGGUUGGCAGGAGCUGGGACUGAACAAUGGGAGCUCACCCCGUCACAGGGAUUCGAACUGCCAACCUUCCAAUCGGCAAGCCCUAGGCUGUGUGGUUUAUCCACAGCGCCACCUGUGUCUCUUGCCCUGUUAUCAUGCCCUGUUAGCAUAAUUCAUAGACAGUCAGGAUAUUGGUAUUUAUAAUGUGAGUACACAAAUGAUUUGAAGAACCUGAACAGCACCAUAACCAGAGGAACGAGAUCAAAUAUGGUAUUGGGCUCAACUCAACCCCACCUUCCUUCUCGUCUCAAACAAUGGCAGUCUCUAAAGUUGGCAGUAGUGUGUGUGUGUGUGUGUGUGUGUGUGUGUGUGUAAUUCAGAAGUUACCUUCCAUAACAUUGACAAUACAAUGUUAUGCUUUUGCAGGAGAAUUCUGCAAAAGCUGAAAAUAUAACUGGAGCAAGCUUUGAAUGUGCAGGAACAGUCCUCAUAAUGACAGUGGUUGCUGCUCUGGCCUAGGCUUUUAUAUGAAAAUCCAUUUAUUCUUUCUUAAAACCAUUCCAUGUAUACAUGGUUAUUUGUAAGCCAUGGUGUGUCUAAAUUGUUAUUGAUUUGGCAUGUUGGUUGAUUGGAGUAAUAAGGGGGAAAUCAGACCUUUAACUCCUCUUUUUGAGCAUUGACAUUGACAUUAUCAGCAUUAGUCACCAAGGUUGGGUGCUUGUUCAUGCUUCUCUCAUCUGGGUGGAGGGUGUCACAGGAGGGUAGAAUGGGAAAAUCAGGAGUUCAAAGCCUAACCCCUGCCCGAAUGCUUGGCCAUUGGCUCAACAAUCCAGUCAUUCAAACCCCAAUGUGCUCCAUGGAAGAGAGUGAGUGCCAUGUGAAGCCUAGAUGUAUCAUGAAGAAAUAGCUGCAGAUCACACAUGGCAACGAUCAUGCUAUAGAUGAGAGAAACACAGGUUUGUUUGCCUGUGUGAUGAAAUCCCCUUGCCCCAAUGAUCUGGUAGUUUAACACAAGGGUCUAGAUUUAUCCUGUGAACAUUACCAUACCUUUAAAGUACAUUCAAAGCACAGUCCCCCCCCCCAACAAUUUUGUUUGAUUGUCGUUUGUUUAAGGCUUGCUUAACUCUGUGAGUGGUAAACUGCAGUGUUCAGGCUUAUUUUUUGGGGGGGGGAAUGUGGUUUAAAGGUAUCUUGUGUACGCAGCCUUUGUCUAAAAGAUCCUGACCUCCUUAGACCCACCUUUCACCUUAAAAUCCCAGGGUGGGAAGAGGGGCUGGCUGUUAAACCACUCUGAAAAUUGCAGUGAAACAACCCAGAGGACCUACUUGCUUUAUGACUACCUGCUUUCAUAAAAAUUCCAGGACUCCUUUACUGUCCUCUGGUGGCAAGUUGAAUGUGUGCAGUUGCUUGGCUGUGGAGUGAACCGAACGUGGGAGUGCAGGGAAUAAAAGAUAAGAGCUUUCAUCACAAACAGCAGGAACAGAGAUGCCUCUGCUGAAGCAGAAACUUGCAAACAGCCAGUGACCCCCAACGGGAGGGCUCCAGAACGAAGGAAUGAAACACCUCAGCUGCUUCAAAGACCUGGAUGCAAAGAUAAGCUUUAUCCAGUGUGUCACUUAACACCACACACUUUUUCUUGAGGAAUAUUGGCUCCAGUUUUUUCUUUCCAGAUCUCUGCUUGGAAUAGUAAGGUGAGUAGGGAAUGGCGCUGGGAAGCAUUUGCACCUAACAGUAAUAAGUGGGGUUGCCAGCAACUUUAGGAACAGUGUGGCAUGAGCUGUUGGAGGAAAAAUGUGAGUGUAUGGCUACUGUUGUCAGUCUUGAAUGAUGAAAAAGGGGGAAAUAGGUUGAUGGAAUAAUCCUGGAUAUCUUGAGGAUCAGAUUUGUUGGUGUAAAAGAUAUGCAAGCUUUUGAGUUGCACAAAUCUCUUCAUCAGGUGGAAUGGAACUGCUCAUUUUCUGCCAGCAAGGCUUUAAAAUGCUCACCCAUCACUGAUUUUGCCCCUUGCAAGUUGGGCCAAUUGCACCAUCUUCACAAGCUCUACCAGGGUUUACUUUCCCCUGGUAAAAUCAGUUCAGUUGGCAUUGUUCAUUAUGUCAUUCAUACAGCAACUAAGGUCUGUAACAGCUAGAAGCAGAGCCUACAUUUUUAUCUGGUCCUGGAAAGGUUGCAAAACUUCCUUUCUCAGCAGGCACUGGGCUGAUCCAGCUUUGGUGGCUAAUUCUGUAAGGUGAUUCCUUGCUUUGUGCUGUACAGUGGUACUUUGGUUCUCAAACUUAAUCCGUUCUGGAGUCCAUUAGACUCCCAAAACCAUUCAAAAAACAAGGUGUAGCUUCUGAUAAGCUGCAGGAGCUUCCUGCAGUCAAGUGGAAGCCGCGUUGGACAUUCGGCUUACAAAAACAUUUGCAAACUGGAACACUUACUUCCAGGUUUGCGCCAUUCGGGAGCCAAUUUGUUCGGAAGCCAAGCCAUUCGAGAACCAAGGUAUCACUGUAUUCUUGUUUGGCUUCAUCAAAGGUGGCCAGCAUGGUGUCACUGGACUACAACUCCCAUCAUCCCUCACAUUGACCAUGCUGGCUGGAGCUAAUGGAAGUUGGGAGUCUAAGGACAUCUAGCGGAUAUCACAUAGACUACCCCUGGUUUUAGAUUUAUUUUAUGGACUGCAGAGCUGAAGUGGGUGCACUCUGGGCCUCACCACCUGCUAAAAGGAAAAGGAUCACUGGGACAUUGCACCCUGUGGCUCAUAAGAAGAACAGCAUAGCAAGGAGAACACCAGCCUAGCCCAACACAUCAGCCAGAGAAGGUCCAGCAGCCGGGAGUUUGCUUCCCUGCUAAAAAGACUCUACUCCAGGUUGUGCUGCUUGUUCAGAAGGAGGGGAACUCACUCUUUAAUCUGGCCCCAUCCUGUAGCGGGCGAGGGGCUGCUGGGAUAGCUCAGUUGAUAAGAGCAUGAGGCUCUUAACCUCAGGGUUUUGGGUUUGAGCCCCCACGUUGGGCAAAAAUUCAGGGGGUUGGACUACACAGCCUUCAUGGUCCCUGCCAAUUCUACACUUCUGUAAUCAACCAUCCCAAACCUGGCAUCCUCCAGAUGCUUUGGUGUGUGUGCAUCAUGUAUGUAUGUUAUUGUUGCUUUAAGCCAGGGGUAGGCAACCUAAGGCCCAGGGGCCAGAUGCAGCCCAAUCGCCUUCUCAAUCUGGUCUGCGGACGGUCCGGGAAUCAGUGUGUUUUUACAUGAGUAGAAUGUGUGCUUUUAUUUAAAAUGCAUCUCUGGGUUAUUUGUGGGGCAUAGGAAUUUGUUCAUAUUUCCCCCCCAAAAAAACCCCACAUGGUCUGAGGGACGGUGGACCAGCCCACGACUGGAAAAGGUUGCUGACCCCUGCUUUAAGCUGAAAUGAUUGAGAAAGACAGGUGCAAAACUUCAAAAUGGGUAAGUAAACAAUAAAAACAAUGUAUAUUUGUUGAGAGUAUUUAUUUGCCAAAAUGAAUAAUCUAACCAUCCUUACUUUAGGCUAGGAAGGUAAAUAUUGCCCCCUUACACACACACACACACACACACACACACACACACACACACACUAAUGCUAUUUAAAAUUGUGGAACAGCUGCAAUGGCCUGAGCUUCUGUGAAGAGUGGCCAGCAUCAUAGGCCACCCACAAGGCCCACUCCAGAGCAAGGUUCUGCUGCCCAACCUGCAGAGUGCUCUCCUUGCUGCAGCUUGUGUGCUGUUUGUGUGGUUCCCAUAAGCAUCUGACCAGAAGCAACCUGGGGAACAGGAUGAUGGACUAGGUACAGUAGGACUCUUCCGAUGUUCUUGCUUUGUCACUCCUCUGCCUCCCUGGCUCCCCAUAUCUGCUGCCUGAGGUGGCUGCCUCACACUGCCAAAUGGUAGGACCGGCCCUGCUGUAGUGUCAAGAGUAAAUCAUAGCGGAUUAGGUGGACAAAUAGCCUGAUCUUGUAUAAGGCAGCAUCCUGUAUUCCAUGAAGGUAUGCCUUGGGAUCCAGCUGUUGAAACAAGCACACACUCCUCCAUCAGCUUGGAACAAGCUAAUGGAUGUUUGUUGCCUUGUGUGACAGAUCUAUAAAUAGUGUGCAUUUUAUAAUCUCUCUCUAGAUUUUUUUCCCCCUUUUGCAGUGGAGCUGCUGUUAAGAUGCUACAUCUGUUCCGAAACUUCUUGGGGAAGAAUGUGAAUUGACAAGGGAAGAAAGUACUGUAUCUUUCACCUGCAAAUUCUCUGGGCAUGACUUGUCUAUGUCAUCAUGACUACAUACAUUUCAGAAUAGUUUUGCCUUAAAAGUGGAAACAUCUAGACAGCGGUGCGAUUCUGCCUCUGCUACUUUUCAUCCCCUGCUCUUUUUCUAAGCAUUUGGACGACGCAACAGUGUAAGUUUAGCAACUGUUUUCGUGUUUUCUGCUUCAGUUUUGCAUGAGUUUUCUGAUGUAAAUUGCCUGAGGUUUCAAACACAAUACAGUACAUUAAAGCAUCAAAACUCAUGCCCUAAGCCCCGUGCCUAGAAAUACCCUUAGACAUGGGUAGGCAAACUAAGGCCAGGGGCCAGAUGCAGCCCAAUUGCCUUCUCAAUCCGGUCCGUGGACGGUCCGGGAAUCAGCGUGUUUUUUACAUUAGUAGAAUGUGUGCUUUUAUUUAAAAUGCAUCUCUGGGUUAUUUGUGGGGCAUAGGAAUUCGUUCAUUCCCCCCCUCCAAAUAUAGUCCGGCCCCCCACAAGAUUUGAGGGACAGUGGGCCGGCCCCUUGCUGAAAAAGUUUGCUGACCCCUGCCCUUAGACUUCCUCUUGAGCUCAGUUUUCUUUUGUUUUGCAAUGAGCUUCCGGCCCCUAGGUGGCUGAAUGUCUCUGACUUGCGAAAGGAUGAAGGCUUCUCCCAAAGGCUCGUGGAAGCCCUCUAACCAAAGAAAGAAAACAAAAAAAGUGGCCUUUAUAGUGAGACACUUCCUAGUUGAUUUUUGCAAUUUGUGGGUGUGAUUGUUUUAAGUUAAAAUCAAACACAUGGUUUCUUGUUUUCCCAAGGACUGCAGAAGACUGUAAAUCGCAAUGGUUGCAGGCUUUGAGAAAGCAUGCCACAGAUGUAUCUCCAAAAUUGCCAGCAAUGCUUGCUUCAUUUUUGGACUCCUUGCUUUCCUAGCAUUACCACUGUCUAUGGCUUUUACAGGAAUGAAGUUUUUAGAAGACUGUCCAGUCCAGCCGCUAAUCCCCCUAUAUCUGCUUGUGGGUGGUGUGGUUGGCAGUUUGAAGGUUGGUCUUCUGCUCUUUGACUCCACCCGGAUGAGGCAGCUGCUUGCCAAAUCGGUUAUGAUUGACGAUGACGACGACGACGACGAGUAUCCCUGGAGACAGAACGCUCACAAAUAUUACAUACACCUCACCCUCAGCCUCUUCCUCUUCCUCUGGUUCAUCCUGGGGAACUACUGGGUGUUUUCCAUCUACCUGCCUAAUUUCAUCCCACCUUUCCAUCACCCUCAAGAUUACUGUGAUAAAUUCCUGUACAUUUUUGCAGUUGGGGUGCUUGUCGCGAGCCACACAGUUCUGGCUUUGCUGAUCUUCUGCAGCUGCUGUGUUUAUUGCUGCUCCAGGCAACGAUAUGCUACAGAGGAGGACUGAAAAGGGUGGGAAAGCCAUAGAAAAUGAGCCAUGGAAAUAUUAGAAAAGCA